AUGCGUCCCAAACGAGGGCGGCUCUUCUGGUGGAUGGUCCUCUACACCGCCUUCAUCUUCCUAUUAUCAACAUUCGCGAUUGGCGGGAGAUUCAAGUUUGCAGAGAUGAUGUAUGUGGAUCACCAGGACUUUGAGGAGGGUUAUUUGGCGCUUGGAAGCAGGAUAGGUCUUGACAGAGGUGGAUUUGGAAGCCUUACUCUACUACCCUGGAUAUCGGAUUCGCUCAUGAUUUAUCGCCUAUACAUCCUCUGGAAUUACCAGUGGUGGGCACUAGGCGUCCCCCUUCUCGUCCACCUCGCUCGAAUAGCCAUCUCAAUCCCGAUCCUAAUCAUUACAGCCAACGCCGACGAUCCCAACUGGUUAUCCCAAUUCUCCACCUUCAAGACGGCCUAUUACUCCGUCUCCAUGGCCAUCGAUCUUCUUUUCACAGGGCUUAUUUCUUUCCGCCUAUGGAUGCUCCGUGACAAAGUCGAGCAUGUCCUAGGCAAAAUCCAGUCGGUUUAUUAUAAUUCGACGAGUACGAAGUUUGUCGAGAGUGGCGCAUUGUUCACGUUGUGGUCUGUUGGACACCUUAUCCUCCUCGUGAAAGAGCACUGGGCAUCGGAGAUCCUUGGUCAACCUAUGAUCUAUCUUAACGCAAUAACACGAAUGCUCAUCAUCCUUCGCAUGGCGCAAAACCGUGCAUGGUGUAGAGACAUCGUAACGGCCUCAGCAACUGGCGUCCUCGAAUGGCAGGUCUCUUCACACCACAGCAUACCUCUCAACCAGCGCUCAAGUCAACUCGAAAGCCAGACCGAGUUUGAGAAGUUGCCGAAGCAAAUGAGAGGGGAUGCCGCUGGCCUAUAG